UGUGUAUGUGUGUCUAUUCGCUCAGUUACAAUCAGACGAGCGUCAAUGUUGUUCUCAUACACAUAUGAGAGGAAAAAAAUGCUAUUGACGCGGCUUCGGUUCCUCGUUUGAAACAUCGUAACAUUCGUAACGCGUCUGGAGUUUUAUGAAUAAUAAGGCAGGAAUUCAACAACCAACUGUUGAAAAAACCUUCAGAUCAGUGACAGUCAUGGACCAUCUGUGAUACCUGGUUGUUGUUCCCAGGGAUUGACCUUGGGUGCCACAUUUUUCCUGCCUGAAACAUGAAUUCUGCUAUGUAUGAUGGUCCUGCCGCCAACAUAUUUUGGUAAAAUUAAAUACUACAUCCAAAAUCUUCAGACGACGGUCGUCUAACAAAGGGGAAAGGCUUCAGUUUUGUAUUCUUGAUACCGGGACUGUUGGGCGUUUGUAAACAGAUCAGAAUGGCAAAGUGGUUUAAAGAUUACUUAAGUUUCGGGAGUAAGCGGGUGCCCCCUCAACCACCCAAACCGGACUACACUGAGAGCGAGAUACUAAAGGCAUAUCGUGCUCAGAAGAACCUGGACUUUGAAGACCCGUACGAAGACUUUGAAAACAGGGCGAGAAACGAAAAUGGGCCGACUGAAGUGUUUCACACAGGCUUUGGUUCUCCUCUAAAAUCCACGAGCUUGGAUAUCAAGGUGGUUUCGCCGAAACAUCGCCUCAUCAAGGUGGAUUCGCAAGACUUGGGACGGAGCAAGAUUCUCUUGAGUUCUGUGUCUCUGGAGGAACCGACAGAUCCGGUUAUCCCUUCAGCGCCAGUCCUAGGAGAUAAUGACUACUCCGACCCGUUUGAUGCCCGUCUGGACCUGCGUCCCGAAACUAUCCAGGGCCUGACUACUCCAGAAAACAAUGGCUAUAUGGAGCCCUAUGAGGCCCAAAAAGUGAUUACAGAGUUGCAGAGGAGAACUGGUGGAGGAGGUGUAUGGGGGAGAGGGGAGGUGCAGCUCUAUGACACCCCGUACGAGGAGCGAGUCCCCGGACAGCCUGAUCUGCCUGAGGAGGGCAGGGAGAGCCGACUGCCGCAAGAUGAUGAGAGGCCAGCCGACGAAUAUGACCAACCAUGGGAGUGGAAGAAGGAACAUAUCUCAAAAGCGUUUGCAGUGCAGUUUGAAGGUGCUGAGUGGGAUCGUUCUUCUCCCACAGAGCGCCUGAGGUCUUCUAGGCCUCUACCAACCACAGGCAGCUCGAAGCUCCGCAAGCCCAGUGACCCUCAUUCUGUGAUGGGGGAGAGAGUGGACCCCACCCUGCCCUUGGAAAAACAAGUUUGGUAUCACGGCUCCUUGUCGCGCUCGGAGGCGGAGUCUCUCCUAACCCUGUGUAAGGAGUGCAGCUAUUUGGUACGAAACAGCGAGACGAGUCGCUUAGACUACUCUCUCUCUUUAAGGAGUUGCCAGGGUUUCAUGCACAUAAAAUUCUCGCAGUCCAAAGACGGACGCUACGUUCUGGGUCAGAACAGUCCUCCAUUCGAGACCAUCCCUGAAGUGAUCCACUAUUACACCACACACAAGCUUCCCAUCAAAGGAGCCGAACACUUGUCACUCCUCUUCCCUGUCCUGGUACAGACUCUGUGAUUGGUCGAAGCACUGCAGGUCUCAGUGCUAUGGGCGAAAUAACAUGAGAAUUGUGUUUUUUUAGGUUCCUUAAAUUUUUUUCACUAUUUUAAGGGUCAUCUGUUUAAUACAUCGUCAAUGAACGUUAAACAUGUCAGAUUAACGUGACUUUCUGUGAACUUUAUCAGACGUCUGUCGGCGGCGAGACCCAUCACUUGGCUUCAUUAUUUUCUGUUGGGAUUAUGGAUUAGUCAUCUCUAAUGUUUAUUGAUCGAUUAGCAGCCUCUUAGAUCGACCAGACGCAAGUCUGCUCAUUUAUAGCUGCUGUAAAAGACAUUUAACAUGACAGUUUAUGACUAUCCUCUCUUUAAAGUUUGUUAAGUCAUUUGUAAGACUCUUGAGACCACACACAGAUGGUCGGGUCGGUUUAAGGAAGUAGUCAAUCCCAUUUCAUUUCAUAUGAUGUCAUUUUUCCAUUUAAUUUUGGUAACUGUGGCCCUGUCAUAGAUCAGGGUCUUCAUAUUAUAAUGCCGAAAACAGAUACUAGCAUUUCAGUUCUGUUAAGUCGUGUGAUGUUUGAAUCAUCACAUGCAAAAAUCUGCCUGUUACUUAUAUUAUUUAGGAUCCGGUUAUAUGUUGAAGAUGUUUCUUAGCUGCUGUUUCAAAUGUGUUGUAUAAUAAACUUACAAAAGAGUGAAUAAGAA